AUGCUUGAUACACUGACCCCUCAACCUGGACCUCCAUCUUCUUCAUCUACUUCUUACUCUUCUUCUUCGUCUGCCACCGAUAACCAUGAGAGGAUACACGAUGUCUUUUUGAGUUUUAGAGGCGAGGACACACGCGAUAAUUUUACAGACCAUUUGUACAGCGCUCUGUGUCGAAAGGGAAUUAAAACCUUCAUAGACAAUAAACUUGACAGGGGAGAAGAAAUAUCAGACGCACUUCUAAAAGCAAUUGAAGAGUCAAGGAUCUCUAUUGUCGUAUUCUCUAAAACUUAUGCCUCUUCGAAGUGGUGUUUGGAUGAACUCGUGAAGAUUCUUCAAUGUAAAAAGUCAAAGAAUCAGAUGGUUAGACCCGUUUUCUACAAGGUGGAUCCCUCAAAUGUACGGAACCAAAGUGGUAGUUUUGGUGAAGCGCUUGCUCAACAUGAGAGGAGAUUCAACAAUAAAAUGGAGAGGGUCUUGUCGUGGAUAAGGAAUUUUCUGAACUGGUCGUUGAGUUAUGAUGACAGCGAAUUCAAGCAUAACAUGAAGAAGCUGAAUAAAUGGACCAAAGCUCUCAAGGAAGCGGCGGACUUGUCUGGAUGGACUUACUUGAAUGGGUCUGAAUCAAAAUUUAUCGAUAACAUAGUUGCAGAAAUUUCAGAACAAGUUUUACGUCAUAGCAAUUUUAAUGUGGCGGAUCAUCCAGUUGGAAUACAUUCUCGAGUACGAGAUAUGCACAAUGUUUUAGGUCUUGGGGUGAAAGAUGUUCGAAUGGUAGGAAUAUGGGGUAUGGGAGGAAUAGGCAAGACAACAAUUGCUAGGGCUGUUUAUAAUUCCCUUGCCUAUAAGUUCGAUGGCAGUUGUUUUCUGGAAAAUGUUGGCAACGAAUCAAUGCAGCAUGGAGGCCUAGUCAGACUACAAAGUUACCUUCUGUACAAGAUUCUAGGGGGGCAAAAACUAGAGCUGACAGAUGUGGGUGAAGGGAUGAGUGCGAUACAGGACAGGCUACUUAAAAAAAGGGUUCUCAUAGUAUUGGAUGAUGUGAACCAAUUAGACCAGUUAAAAAAAUUAUGUGGAAGUUUUGAAUGGUUUGGUAUUGGCAGCAGAAUCAUCAUAACAACAAGAAAUAAACAUUUGCUAACUGCUCAUCAAGUCAAACGGAUACACACGAUCAAGGAGUUGAACCAUCAGGAAGCUUUGGAGCUCUUCAUUGCAAAUGCCUUCCCGAUAGCAAGGCCUCCAAGACUUCCAGUUGAUUAUUCACAACUUGCAAGUGAUGCAGUACAUUAUGCUCAAGGUCUCCCAUCAGCUCUGAUAGCUUUAGGUUCAGUUUUGUGUGGCAGACCUAUAAUGGAAUGGCAAGAGGAAUUAAACACUCCUUUUUACUCUCUUCAAUCAGGUCAUUUUGAAACUCUCCGAAUAAGUUACAAUAACUUGGAAGAUUCGGUAAAGAAUGUUUUCCUUGACAUUGCAUUUUUCUUCAACGGUCAAGAUGAGAACCAUGUGUUACAGAUCCUAGAAGGUGGUGACAAGCCUAACAAAAGCAUUAGUGAGCUCAAAGAAAAGGCACUCAUAAGGAUUAACGAAAAAAAUCAUAUCUUGAUGCACAAUAUACUAGAAGUAAUGGCUAAAGAGAUAGUUCACAUUGAAUCACCAAAGAACCCCGCUAGACGUAGCCGAUUGUGGUUUUCUGAUGAUGUUUACGAUGUUCUCACAAAAUGCACGGGAACAGACAAUAUCAAAGGCGUCAUGGUAAUGUUUGGCGGACCACGUGAGAUAGCACUGCAAAAUAACAGCUUCGAUGGGAUGACAAAUCUUCAGUUCUUUAUAAACACCGAUGCACACUUUUCUGGGGACAUUGAAUAUCUCCCCGACAAGUUAAGACUGAUUGAUUGGCCUGAAUUUCCCUUUGGAUCAUUUCCAAUCAAUUUUAAUCCAACUAAGCUUGUUAAGCUUAGUAUACCUCGUAGCCUCAUCUCCCAACUGGGAGAGACAUUCAAGAGUUGCAGUAACCUGAAAUAUAUAAACUUGGAAAGCUGCCACUUCCUUACUAGAAUUCCCGACUUGUCAGGAUUCCCAAAUUUAAAGGAGCUGAAUCUUAACAAUUGUACAAGCUUAGUUGUGGUUGAUCAGUCUGUUGGACUUCUUGAUAAGCUUGUUAUUUUGAGUCUUUCUGGAUGUGACAGACUCACUAUGUUUCCAAGAAGAAUCGCCUUGAUUUCAGUAAAAUAUAUCAAUCUGGGGGGUUGCAGAUUGCUCGAGACAUUCUGCGACAUUCUGGAAAAUGUGGUAUCCUUGACAAGGCUGGAUCUAUCCGGCACGGCCAUUGAAGAAUUGCCUGAAACAGUUAUAUAUCUCGUCAGCCUGAAACAUUUAAUUCUAAGACAAUGUGAUAAGCUUAUCCAUCUGCCACAUAGCAUUUAUGAUCUGCAUAGUUUAUCACGUCUUGAUCUGCAGAACUGCUCAAAGCUUGUUACUCUUCCAAGGUGGAAUGAUGAGCAGUCAGUUUCGACUAACUUGAGGUUUCUUGACCUGCGUGGUUGCACAGAGCUUCCAGAAAUUCCCGAACUUCCACCGAGCGUGGAAUGGAUAAAUGCCGAUGGCUGUGAGUCAUUGGUCCGAGUUGCAAAACUUUCAAACAUCUUGGAACGUAGAGCUUCGCAAAUGAUUGAAUCAAUUUCAUUGUAUAAUUGUCAGAGAUUGUGUGACAAUCUACCUCAUUGCGGGGCAGGUAAUAAGAGUAGUCUCUUCUCUCUCAUUCACUUGGCUAAGCAGUCUGAAUUCGAGAUUGUAUUUCCAGCAAGUGAAGUUCCUAGUUGGUUCAGGAAUCGCAAGUAUUUAAUGGAGCUUUUUGAUGAACGUGAAUUUUCUUUUGAAAUUCCUCUAAAUUUCAACAAAGGAUUGGCUAUCUGUGCUUCAGCAACUGCUGUGGGUAAUCUUGAUCAGUGCUCUUUCACAGCCAGUAUUCACAUCAAUGGAGAAAGCAGAUGUACUUAUUCAUUUUGUUUCGAAGCAAGCAAGAUGAAGGACUCUGCUCAUGUAUGGCUGCUCUAUAUUCCAUUUGUUAAGUUUGCGUUUCAUGAGCCACCUUAUAGCUGCCUAGUUAAUUUGAAACAUACUAGUAAAGAUUCGGUGCGCUGUAGAAGCUAUGGGGUUCACCUGGUAAUGCUACAGGAUGGAUAUGAAGAUUUCGUAGAUGACAGCGACUUGGAAGAUGAGUACUCAGCUGGUGAAAAUGAUGAAGACAUGAUAGAUCAAAUUGAGGAUGGUGAAGACUUUGAAAAUAUCAGACCCAAAAAGAGAAGACGAUGAAUAGGAAGAUGAGCACUUCAGCUGCUGAGCUUCAGUACUUCUGUCCUUGAUCGAUCACUAUUCUUCUUUCCUGUUUUCUCUGAGUUGAAGGCUAUUUGUAGUUUGACAUUGUGUAUAUAGCUAGAUUAAUAAUUUUGUGACUUUUGGGUUAUGUUCAGCGUGCCUAGAAAACAGAUGUUCGGUAA